AUGUCGAAUAUUUUUUUCGAAAAGGUGGGUCAAAUUUUAUAUUGGUUUUGAUUUUUAGCAAGAUGGAAUGCUCUGCGCCCAACAUGCUCUUAACAUGUUGCUCCAAACCCGAAUGUACACGGCCUUUGAUUUAGGUGAUAUUGCGCGUCAGUUGGAUGAACGGGAAAAAGCUUUAUUGCCACCUCAGGAACGAGCCAAAUUCGUGAGCAGUAAUAUGGACGACACAGGUUUCUUCUCGGUUGAAGUGAUCCGCGAAGCUCUAAAAACAUUGGGGCUUGAAAUGAUUCCAUUGUUAUCUCCCGGACUUCGAGAAUUCCAAGCUAGUCCAAAGUGAGUUUCAAUUUAUAUUAUACUCUAUGAUUUAGGUAUAAUUUUUAAUACUUUUUUUGUCUAGACUUGGUCAAGCUUAUAUCUGUAAUAUGAAUGAGCACUGGUUUGCUCUUCGAAAGUUGUUUGGCACCUGGUAUCAGUUGGAUUCGAUGAAGAAUGGGCCAAAAGAAAUAUCGGAAGGUCAUCUUGAUGCUUAUGUGGCGCAAUUAAUGACUGAAGGUGGGUAUCCUAGAUUUUUUAUGUCAUUUUAUGUGUUUAGGAUACUCUGUGUUUUACAUUGGUGGCGAUAUCAGUCAAUUCGUAUAUACUAGAGACUUAAAUGAGGAAUCUCCGCCGGUUUACCAAGGUCCAGAGACCCGUCCGCUCAUACCACAAGAUGAUCUUGCUGUAGGUUCGCUUUUCUCGUUUCAUUCUUCUUUAGAGGGCCAUUGAGAUGAGUAAGAAGGAAAGUGGGUUGACAGGGCGGGACGCCGAACAGGAUGAGCUUCAGGUAUUCAAUUAUUUUACUCAUGAAUAAUAUUGAGAUUUAGCGAGCGAUUGCAUUGAGUAUGAAAGAGGCGGGUAAUGUGGGAGGAACUGAUGAGCAAGAUGAUUUGGAGGUAAGUAUUCACCUUGUUCUUGUUUAUUUAUUUUUAGAGGGCGAUCGCAAUGAGUAUGCAAGAUGUCCCCGGCUCUUCCGGAGUCAGCUCUCAAAAGCCCAGUGACGAUGUUGAAGUAAGUGAAAUUGUGUUGUGUUUAUCCUGGUUUAGAGAGCAAUUCAAGCGAGUUUGGGUGAUAUUCCAUGUUCUUCCAAACAGGAGCCGGCAUCUUCUCAUAUUCCUCCAGUUGUUCAACCAUCCGUUGUCUUUGUGCAGCCUCCCGAACCUGGAAAAGCAGACACUCAGUCCUCUACAGACGACGACCUUCGACAGAAAAGAGCUGCUUUCCUCAGGCGGUUUGACUGA